UGUGUGGGCAACUUGGAAAUGGUGGUUUUCAUUAAUGCCAAGAUCAAGUCUUUCUUUAAACUUUUUCAGAAGAAACCGGUUUCCAACCUAGAUGAGGAGAGCAGAUGGACUGUCCACUACACAGCUCCGUGGCACCAGCAGGAGAAUGUGUUCCUGCCCAGCACCAGACCCCCCUGCGUGGAGGACCUGCACCGGCAAGCCAAGCUCAACCUCAAAUCCGUGUUGAGAGAGUGUGAUAAGCUCCGGCGGGAUGGCUACCGGAGUUCUCAGUACUACUCACAGGGGCCCACCUUCGCAGCCAACUGCAGCCCACACGGCGAGGACUACCAGGAUGAGGAUGAUGACACAGACCAGAAGAGUUCCAUUUCUUCAUCAGAAGAGGAACGACUUAUUUCCAUCAGGAGAUCUAAAACGCCAACCUCCAAUGACUUCUCAGACAUCAACACUCAGACAAACUGGACCAAGUCCUUGCCAUUGCCUACACCAGAGGAGAAGAUGCGGCAGCAAGCCCAAACCGUCCAGGCUGAUGUGGUGCCUAUUAACAUAACCGGGGAGAAUUUCGAUCGCCAGGCCAGCCUGCGGCGGUCUCUAAUUUACACAGACACUCUGGUAAGACGACCGAAGAAAGUCAAAAGGAGAAAGACUAUUACAGGCGUCCCUGACAACAUACAGAAGGAGCUAGCGUCCGUCGCGGGCCACGAGGAUGACAGCCACUCAGCCUACAGCCCUGACCACUGUGCCACACUGGGAAGGCUCGACAGUCACCGGGCCGCGGGGCCGCGCUCGGAGACCCGGGACUCCAGCUGCCAGACGGAGGAAGAAGGGAAAGUCGUGCCACCUUCCAUGCGACGAAUCCGGGCCCAGAGGGGCCACGGCAUCGCAGCCCAGAUGGGCCACCUGUCCGGCUCCUCGGGGAACAUGUCUGUCCUGAGCGACUCGGCUGGUAUCGUGUGCCCCUCACGCCUGCGCGGUGAUGUGGGUUUCCACAGCCUGCCCCGUUCGGGUGCCAGGGCCAGCGCCCAGUCCCUGGGGGCCCUGGGUCCCCCAGACAGCCCAGAUGGCCCCUACGAGCGGAGCCACCCACGGGGAGAUGACGGCUUAGGACAUUCAGGCGGGAUCCCCAGGGCCGGGGCGCUGCAGAGACCCAGGUCCCACGACCUGAGGUUCCUGGAGAGUGACGUGGUCACCAGCCCCGCGUGCGUGGUUUCGCCACACGCCACCUACACCACCAGCCUCAUCCCCAAUGCCACGCUGUCCUCCUCCUCGGAGGUCAUCGUCAUUCACACCGCUCAGAGCCCAGGGCAGUCGGAGGGGAAACUCGGCGGCUGCGCCUCGUACAGCAAGAUGAGGCCCCGAGACCACGCGCUGUCCCGGCACGGGAGCCGAGAUGCACCCCGCUCGCCCAGCGGCCACUGGGCCCGGGGUCACCACCCCGCCAGUCCUGCUCAGGCCUGCGCGCCCCGCUCCCCUUGCACACCCACACUCCUGUCCCUCGGUGACUCCGCCGACUCUCUCAGUGCACCAGCCCAGGGGGAGAACGGGGGCCCGCCCGGAGCACCGGCCUAUCCGUGCAAAAACAAGCUGAGCUUCCCUGCCCACCCCGCCGAGGAGGAUGGCAAGAGCGAGUCCAGUGCCACGGGAGGCCGGAGCCAGGCCAGUGCCAAGCCCUGGGAGUGCAGCACCACCGCCAACGGGAGGGUGUCCCCGCUGAAGCCACCGCUGGCCAGUCCGGGUCACUCCACGCCCACCAGCACCGUGAGCAGCUGCAGCUUGGACCAGGCGUCGCAGCGGGAGGAUGCCAGGUCCCUGUACUCCGAGGACCAGGAUGCCUCUUACGCUGCGGCCCACGGUUCUGGGAAUCUCUGCCAUAGCAACAACGGCUUUGGGGACCCCAGGCACAGCGUGGGGAGCAUCUUCGACGGGCGGGCCCCCAAGAGCCCAGGGGAUGGGCCCGUUUACUUGGACAAGACCCUCUCCCGGCACAUCUCCCUGAAGAAAGCCAAGAAGCCCCCACUGCCCCCGUCGCGGACCGACUCUCUCCGCCGCGCCCCCAAGAAGAGCGCCCCGCCCAACGGGCAGCUGCUCAACGAGAGCCUGAUCGCAUCGCUGCAGCACUCGCUGCAGCUGAACCUGGCGGGCAAGGGCGGCAGCUCGCCAUCGCACAGUCCCUGCAGCGACCUGGAGGAACCCUGGUUGCCACGCUCACGCAGUCAGAGCACGCUGAGCGCGGGCAGCAGCCUGACGUCCGCCACCACGCCCAACGUCUACGCCCUGGGCGGGCUCACGCCCUCGCAGAGCGACACCAGCAGCGUCAAGUCCGAGUACACGGACCCGUGGGGCUACUACAUCGACUACACGGGCGUGCAGGAAGACCCGGGCCAGUCUGGCCACCCCAGCGGCGGCAGCGCGGGCAACGGGCCCACGCGCCCUGGGCACGCCGAGGCUCGGGCCGCCGCCGCCGCUGCUGCCGCCGCGGCGGCGCUGGGCCAGGGACCCGGGGGCUCGGCCAAACCAAAGAUCCCGUCGCCCGAGAAGUCGCACCGGGUCACCUCUCCGUCCAGUGGGUAUUCCAGCCAGUCGAACACGCCCACCGCCCUCACCCCUGUGCCUGUGUUCUUAAAGUCCAUGUCACCAGCCCACGAGAAGGGCAAGAGCAAGCCCAAGGUGCCCGAGAGGAAAUCCUCCCUGAUCUCCUCGAUGUCCAUCUCCUCCUCGUCCACCUCCCUCUCUUCCAAUACCUCCACCGAAGGUGCUGGGGGGCCCAAGAAAUCAGAGGCCGCGCCCCCUCUCCCUGGCCUCUCGUCCCCCAGCCCUACGGACAAGUCCCCUCUCCUAGCCCCUGCCCACGAAGGCUCUCCUGCGGCCCCCUCCGCCCACUUCCCCCCGCCACCCCCAGAAUUGCUCGCCCCACUCUGUUCCCCCCCAGAUUCCUGCUUUCCUCCUCCCCCCACCGCCCUGAGCCCCCCUCUUCUGGAAUCUUCCGCCCCAGGGCCACUUCCCCCGCCAGCCCCACCCCUGGACCCCCAAUUGAUGAAAGACAGCAGGCCUGCUUUCAGAAGGCCGAGCCGUCCAGAAUCCCCCCGGGAGGCGGCCAAGCGACCCUGGAGCAAAGAGGAGGGCAGUCAGCCCCCCAUGCCUCUGAUCACCACCGAGGCGCUGCAGAUGGUGCAGCUGAGGCCGGUGAGGAAGAACUCGGGAUCCCAGCUAGCCCCGCUCGAGGAACCAGCAUCUCAGGAAAAACAAGCCCCGGUCGCUCCCCAGCCUCAUUUCAAGCCAUCUGCUUUGCUGAAAUCCCGAAAUAGCAUAAAUGAAAUGGAGAGUGAAAGCCAGCCCGCCGCCCUGACGAGCUCAGAGCUCUCCACUCCUGCCAGGAGCCAGAGCCAGGGUCACCAGGAUGGUGCUGCCGAGCCGGGCCUGGCCAGCUGCAGCGCUGGGGACGACGGUGACAGCGGCGGCGGCAGCACGGCAACAUCAGCUAGGGUUGAGACCUCUCGGCUCCACUCGCCCCCCGGCCCUUCACCCAGCAGGAAGCCGCCCCCCAUUUCCAAGAAGCCCAAACUGUUCCUCGUGGUGCCGCCCCCGCCGAGAGAUUGCACGGCGCAGCCUGCGGGGAACGUGAGCAGAGGGGCGUCCAGCCCCCUUAGAGCACAGGCGGAGGACAAUGGUGGUUCUGAUGAGACCCGUGCCAGCAGCUCGGUGCUGGUGGAAGGAGUCGCAGGAGCUGCCUCCCCGGACAGAGUGGAAGCCAAUGCCCCGAUGGUGCAGCCCGAUGCCUGCCCAGCGCCCGGGCAGAAGGAGUCGGGCUCCUCCGAGAGCAGCGCGGAUGGGGAGGAGCACGUGGAGCACCGCCCAGCGCUCCAGGAUGGAGGACCAGAGACUCCGGAGACGCUCCUCGCAGCAGCCCCUUCUCAGUCCGACGCCGGGGACUUCCUCAAGGAGGAAGGCAGUGAUGAGGUGAUGACCCCUAGCAGACCACGGACCACUGAAGACCUUUUUGCAGCGAUUCACAGAUCCAAGCGGAAAGUCCUGGGCCGCAAAGAUUCGGAUGACGAUCACACCCGCAACCACUCGCCCUCCCCGCCCGUGACACCCACGGGCGCCGGCCCCAGCCUGGCCUCCCCGAAACAAGUGGGGUCCAUCCAGAGAAGCGUCCGCAAGAGCAGCACGAGCAGCGACAACUUCAAAGCGCUGCUGCUGAGGAAGGGGAGUCGCGCCGACACCAGCGCGCGCAUGUCGGCGGCCGAGAUGCUCAAGAGCACGGACCCCAGGUUCCAGCGGUCCAGGUCGGAGCCGGCGCCCGACGCGCCCGAGAGCCCGUCGAGCUGCUCCCCGAGCAAGAACCGCCGUGCCCAGGAGGAGUGGGCCAGGAACGAAGGCCUGAUGCCCCGGAGCCUGUCCUUCUCCGGCCCCAGGUACGGCCGUAGCCGGACUCCGCCGUCGGCCGCCAGCAGCCGCUACAGCAUGCGCCACCGCAUCCAGAGCAGCCCCAUGACUGUCAUCUCGGAAGGCGAGGGCGAGGCCCCGGAGCCCACCGCGGGCACUGCCAGGGGAUGCUCGCUGGAGGGCCUGGACAGUGUUGAAAGGGACCAGGGCAGCGCGCUGGGGGCUGGGGAGCCUGGUGCAACGCUGUGGGCGCAGACGGCGCAGAGCCCUGCCCAAGGGCCAGCGGGUGGCCAGGGCAAGGAGCCGGCGGAACAGGCCAGGGGAUCGCGGUGGGAGGACAGUUAG